CAUCGCAUAAUUCAUUGAAUUAUUAUCAUUUAAACAGGAUCGCAGAAGUACCUGGAGACGCAAACUAACGAUUUAAUGUUGCAUAGGGUUUUAUUUCAGUAUAGUCUGAGAAGUGGACGAGACAAGAUUGCAAUAUCUUAUACUUAAUCGCGAUUUUUUUCUGUGUGUGUGUUUUUGUGAUAUCAGUUUCUAGUUUAACUCACUACACUACAUUAUUCAUUACCUAAUUUUUAAGAAUACAAAUAUGCAUCGUGCAAAAAUUGUAACUGCUACCCUCUAUAAGUAUUCUUAUAAAAGAUAUACAAUACCAGCAUUACAAGAUGGUUUAACUAAAACAAUUGAAGAUAUGCCACGGCCUAAAGAAUUGCCUGUAAUUGGUACUCGAUUAGAGUUGUGGACAGCCGGAAGUCAAACAAAAUUGCACGAAUAUAUCAAUUCACGGCAUAAACAGCUAGGUCCAAUAUUUUGCGAAAAAAUACAUGGUAAAACAAAACUGGUUUUUGUGAGUGAUCCAGCAUUAAUAAAAUCAUUAUUUAUGAAUUUAGAGGGAAAAUAUCCACUUCACAUUUUACCUGAACCGUGGUUGCUGUAUGAAAAAUUGUAUGGAUCUAAAAGAGGCCUAUUCUUUAUGAACGGUGAAGAAUGGUUGAAAAAUCGGCGCAUUAUGAAUAAAUAUUUGUUAAAAGAAGAUUCUGAAAAUUGGUUAAUAAAACCUAUAAAAAGUCCGAUAGAAAAAUUUAUUUCACUUUGGCGCAGUAAAAGUAAAACAGAAGAUUUUGUACCCAAUCUAGAAUGUGAUUUUUAUCGACUUUCAACAGAUGUAACUAUUCAAAUAUUACUGGGCACUAAGGAAUCAUUUGUUCAAAGCAAAUACUACGAUGACCUCUUGAAUUUGUUUUCUGAAUCAGUUAAAAAGAUAUUCAAGACUACCACUAAACUGUCUGGGUAUCCAAUAGAACUAUGUCAACAGUUUAAUUUGAAGGUGUGGAGAGAUUUCAGGGAAUGCGUUGACAUGUCAACAAAUUUAGCACGAAAAAUUGUCAAAGAAAUUCUAAACAAGAAACAAGAGAGUGAUGGUUUGAUCAGUAAAUUAUGCAAUGAAAAUAUUUCCGAUGAAGAUGUUACGAAGAUAGUUGCAGAUUUUGUAAUAGCUGCAGGAGAUACGACGGCUUAUACAACUCUAUGGAUCUUGUUUGUACUUUCAAGACAUCCAGAAGUGAUCCGCGAGCUGAGAUCAAAAGAAAAAAAACACGUACAAUUUGUGAUCAAAGAAACCAUGAGAUUAUUCCCAGUGGCUCCAUUCUUAACAAGAAUUUUGACAAAAGAAAGUAUUCUUGGACAGUACAAAUUAAAUGCUGAGACACCAGUUGUUGCCUCAAUUUACACAUCUGGACGAGACGAACAAAACUUCAGCGAAGCUGACAAGUUUUUGCCCUAUAGGUGGGACAGGUACGAUCCCAGAAAGCAAGAUUUGGCCAAUCAUGUCCCCUCAGCUUCCUUGCCUUUUGCCAUGGGGGCACGCUCGUGUAUAGGAAAGAAAAUAGCUCUGUUACAACUCACUGAAGUUAUUCAUCAGAUAGUCGAAAAUUUCGACUUGGAAUGCAUAAACGCUUCUGCAGUUGCUCCCAUAAUGUCUCAAGUCUUGGUCCCUAAUAAAGACAUUAAUUUGAAAGUAUCUCGAAGAAAGGAUUAAAAAUGUUAAUUAUUGUAAUUUUUUUAUUUUCGUGAUGUUUAGUAAAUAAAAUAAAGAAUAUUUACAUUAUA